GUGUUCCAUUUCACACCCCCAGGGUGAAAUUGUGACACCCCGCCCCAUUUAACACGUCCAGAAGUUUGAGAGUGGUGGGGGUGGGGGAAAAGAAAAAGAAGAGGGUAUUUUCCGAGUCGGAGUCAGUUUCACCCCCACCCCUUCCUUCCUGUGUGUGCCGCAGAACUCCCUCCUUUCCCUCCCCAGGUCUCCUAUUGAAUGGGAGCUGCUGGCUUUGCGGAAACUCUUGUAAAACCCACUUGGAAAACGGGGUCACAGCGCCCUCCCCGCUCUACUGUUUUAUAUUCAUUCAAUGUGCAAAGAUGGAGCCGGCGAUGGAUAAGGAAUGCGGAGCUCUCGGCGGCCUCUUCCAAGCUGUCAUUAAUGACAUGAAGGGCUCCUAUCCAAUCUGGGAGGACUUCAAUGCCAAGGCUGCUAAGCUUCAUUCUCAGCUCAGGACCACUGUGCUUGCAGCAGCCGCCUUCCUGGAUGCCUUUCAGAAAGUGGCGGACAUGGCGACAAACACACGAGGGGCCACCAGGGAUAUCGGCUCAGCUCUGACUCGAAUGUGCAUGAGGCAUCGCAGCAUCGAAGCCAAGCUCCGACAUUUCACCAAUGCCCUGAUGGAGAGUCUGAUAAACCCUUUGCAGGAUAGGAUAGAGGACUGGAAGAAAUCUGCCAAUCAGCUGGAUAAGGACCAUGCCAAAGAGUACAAGCGAGCGAGGCAUGAGAUCAAAAAGAAAUCAUCUGACACCCUCAAACUUCAGAAGAAAGCUCGGAAAGGUAAAGGUGACCUGAGGCCACAGGUGGAGAAUGCAGUCCAAGAUGUGAAUGACAUGUACUUGUUACUGGAGGAGACCGAGAAGCAGGCUGUGCGGAAAGCUCUGAUCGAGGAGAGAGGCCGAUUCUGCACUUUCAUCACCUUCUUACAGCCUGUUGUGGAUGGAGAGAUUGCAAUGCUGGGGGAAAUCACACACCUGCAGGCAAUUGUUGAUGACCUUAUUGUUCAAACUGCAGAACCUCACAAGCUGCCUCCAGCCAGUGAGCAGGUGAUUAAGGAUCUAAAGGGGUCUGACUAUAGCUGGUCCUAUCAGACUCCUCCAUCUUCACCCAGCAGCUCCAGUUCCCGAAAAUCCAGCAUGUGCAGCAGUGUAAACAGUACAAACAGUAGCACAUCUCGCUCCAGUGGUUCCCAAACUCACUCACCAAGUUCAAACUAUCGCUACCGCAGCUUGGCCCAUCCUGCAAGUGCCAGUACCCGCCUUUCCAGUGUCUCCUCGCACGACUCUGGCUUCAUAUCCCAGGAUGCCAUGUACUCCAAACCGCCAUCACCUAUGCCAUCGGAUAUUACCAGCCAGAAGUCAUCAAGCUCCGCUUCCUCUGAGGCAUCGGAGACGUGUCAGUCAGUUAGCGAGUGUAGCUCACCUACCUCGGUUAGUUCUAGCUCCACAGCAGGAGCCUGGUCAGGUGGUGAAAAGUUCAUGCCUGGGUAUGUGUAUUACCAUCUUCCUAGUGAGUGCUGUUCACCUGCGUUCUCUGGCUCUACUCCCAUUAUCUCUGAUAUAAAGGCCUGCAGUAGGCCUAACCCUGCUGUGCUCCCUGAAUCCCCUCCCUUUAACCACUCCCUCGGACCUGGCACUGCUCUCUCAUCAACGAUUCCUAGUUGGAAGGACUGGUCAAAACCUGGUCCAUAUGACCAGCCAAUGGUGAACACUUUGCAGAGACGCAAGGAAGCAGUGGAACGCUAUCGGGAGGCAGAGACGGUCUCAGGCACAGUGGUCUAUGCGGGAAUAGGAGUGGAUGAGAUACAGAGGCCCCGCAUGACAGCAGCAUCACUUGCUGCUAAGGUACAGUAUCACGGGGAGGAAAUCUCCACAGCAGCCAGUGAUCUAGCCAUGGUACUGACUCGUGGGCUCAGCCUGGAACACCAGAAAAGUAGCCGUGACUCUCUGCAGUACUCCAGCGGUUACAGCACCCAAACCACAACUCCAUCCUGCUCUGAAGAUACUAUUCCUUCCCAAGUUUCAGACUACGAUUGCUACUCGGUGAACGGCGAUGUGGAGACGGAACACCAGAGCGAGUUCGACCGGUCGUCGACCAUCCCGCGGAACAGCGACAUCGCGCAGAGCUACCGCAGAAUGUUCCAGACCAAACGGCCGGCCUCCACAGCCGGCCUGCCCUCGGGCGGCAGCACGCAGAACGUUUCCGUCACCCCGGGCGUCGCCACCAUUCGGCGCACGCCGUCCACCAAGCCGUCGGUGCGGCGGGCCCUGUCGAACGCGGGCCCCAUUCCCAUCCGGCCUCCCAUCGUGCCGGUGAAGACACCCACCGUGCCCGACGGCCCGGCGAGGGUCGGCAGCGAGGAGUGCGUGUUCUUCGGCGGCGAAGACACGUCGCCGAACGCCUCGGAGUACGCCAGGUCGUCGCCCAAACGGUUGAGCCUGCCGAACGCGGUGUGGGGGGGCGGGGGCAGCGGCGCAGGCGCAGUGGAGGUCUCCGUGUACCCGGCGGGCGCCACGCUCUCGAGCGAGGAGGAGCAGCAGUUGGCCGCCAACCGCCACAGCCUGGUCGAGAAGAUCGGCGAGCUCGUGGCCAGCGCCCAGGCUCUGGGCGACGGACAGUUCCCCUUCCCCGCGGUGCCCGACAGCGGAGGCGGCGGCCUCCCCCCGCGCUCUCCCGACGACGCCCCCGAGGACAUGCUCACCGCCAUCCGCCGAGGGGUGAAGCUCCGGAGGACCGUCACCAACGACAGGUCGGCGCCCAGGAUUUUGUGACAGCGAGGGCCCGACUCUUGAGAGCAUUGACUGACUCAACCAGGUUGGUUUCCAACGCAGUGCCAUGAACUACCUUUUAAACCAAGCAACUGUGGUGUGGUGGAGUGAAACAUUUUAAAUUAAGAUACGGCAGAUUUUAAAAUGAGUGUACUAUUGUUAGUUCUAAAGAGGAAUUUAACGUUUCGUUCCUUACAGAUAUUCUACCGGCCAUUUAACGGACUCACCUGUUUCGUGGCAUUUUUCUUUUGCCUGCCCUCCCCCAGCUUUUUGCGGUAUUUGGUGCGAAAACAAAAAAAAAAUAACGUGCUGUGUGUUCGCUUCACUGAGGUGGUUUGCACUUGACCUCGGUGUGUGUCAGUCCUCAAUGUGUGUCUCUGGCCUCCUCCCCCCAGCCAGGUCCUGUCUCAGCCACAGUAACGAGAGAGAGAGAAAAGAUCAGGCUCCCCAGAGCAGUGAUAGACGUUUAGAAGGGUAUUUAGAAGAAAUUUAGCUGAGACGAGGGCAAGUCGGAAGGGAUACUUGGUGCAUCUUGCUCCUGCUGUGUAGGUGAGUGUUACUUGUUCAAGUCAGGUUGCUGGAAGGGAGUUUUGAAUUUGAGACUAAACAUUGGUGAUUAUUGCUUCUCCCCCAAGUAACAUUCAUUUUUAGUUGAGAAGGAAACUCAUGACCUAAUUAUCCGUACUCAUUGACACCUAAGCUUCAGGACUUAACCAGUGAAAACGGAUUUUGUGGGCUCUCAAAUGUCCAGUCAUUCUAGAUGAUCUGCCAUGCAUACUUUUGCCACUGUUUCAUCAACUGGACUAUUUUUGUGACAGAAUUGAAUGGGUACAGGUCAAUAAAUAGAAUGUUUAUCUUUCAAAACACUAAUUCGGCAACUUCAGCUGGCAAUUUUAACAUAUGUCAUUAGAACUGCUAAGGAGUGAUAAUGCUUUAUUGAAAAUCCUUGAUAAGAGACAAACAUAAUCUUUGUCAAUAAUAGCCCAGUUAAUUCCUUGUCUACGUUUCACUUUCUGCUGACCUUUUAUUUGUAAUUUUGAAAAAUAUAUGUGGAUAAACAAUGGUGCGAUAGAUUGACACUUCACGAAUCACAAAAUUAGACUGAAAUGUGAGCUCUGUCACCUUUAUUGAUUCCUCCAGAUACAGAGAUCAUGAAAUGCCACUUUGAAACACAGACCAGGAAACCUGUUGCAAGUCAUAUCAUAGGGAAGGGCCUGAGGAGGGUAAUUCAAAUUCCUAAUCUAGUUUAAUCUACCAACAUAUCUAUGUGGAAGUAUGAGAACCUCACCACGUAGACAAUGCAAUGUGGUGCUGUUUUUGCUAGGGAAAUUGCAGUGUGCUCUUAGACAGUCAUGGGGCUGUUUAUUAUAUUUGUUUUCCAUGAGUUUUUGGAAGGAGAAUAUGCUGCAGUGAUGUCUGGUGAUGCUUUCAUUUCAUUCCCUCAAAUUGCUUCCACCACAACUAGUCCCAGCCUUGCAAUUAUCAAUACUUAACAUUCGCAUUAAUACAGCUGAAAAUCCACACUUCUCUCAACCUCAUUCACUCUGCAAACACAGCGCAGCUCUAGAGGCACAGAAUCUGUAAUCGCAGUCUUGGGUCUGUUGCCCUACAGUUUCAAGUUUGCCCACACCCACCUCUACAGAAUCCAGUGGACUGUCUGUGAACCGAGUUGGGUUCCCCUCAUUCUCUUAAUAUGAGAAACAACCUCUACUGAGUUUGUAAUGAGAUAGGGAGUGGUGAGAAGCCAUCUACAACCCUGCUUGCUAUUUUGAUUGUUUCUUACCUAGUAUUAAUUAGACAGUUGCUCAAAUAUAAUUGGAAUAAACUAAAUAACUGCUGCAAACACAAAGACAUUUUAUUUUCUUUUUCAAAUACAUCAACUGAUGAGCAUAUUUCCAAGUCUUCAAACUAAUCCACUGAGAACUCCACACAGGUAAAGUUAUUAUUUAUUAAAUGGAUGUACUGCCCUUGUAUGGCCACAUAAUAUGCUUACUUUAAUAUAAAGUGCUUUGGCACAGAUUUAUCAGAUACACCGGCUGUCCAAUCGUACAUUGGUCCACCAGUGGUUCACAUGUUCACCCAGCACACAGUACAGGUAAACACAAUCUUUGUCCCAACUCAUACAUCCAACCGCAGUUCGCCUCAUAGAUGUCUAGGGCUGUGAGAGAAGAAUCCCCCCCCACUGAAAAUGAAUUCACUUGGAAGACUCCAAAAUCCUAUGAGACACAUUAUUGUGAGUGUUGAUGAGGGAAUUCUUCAGAAACAUUAAUAUCUUUUCCACUUUUGGAUACUGACUGCAAGGCUUUUAAGUUUCCCAUUUAUUUCAGAAUUCCAUUGUUCACUGUUUCCACCUGCAUUUGUAUUAUUGGUGAGUGUGUUGCCUUACUAACUGCAGGAGAUACAAAAGGCUGGGAAUAACUGUAAUGGCAGUAAUAAUGGAAGAUUGUUUAAAAUAUUUGUUUAAAAACUUGCAUUUCUAUAAUGCCAUUUGUGAUCUCAGGAUUUUUUUGACCUUCCCACCAAGAAGUACUUUUGAAAUGUAAUCCAUUGUUGUAAUGUAGGAAAUAUGGCAGCCAAUUUGCACAUUGCAAAUUAGACAAAUGGCCUUUAUUGGUGAUGCUGGCUAAGGGAACAGUAUGGAUCAGGAUACCAGGAGGACCUUCUUAUUCAUUCUCUAAUCAUGUCAGAGGAUCUGUUACGUCUGCCAAGGUGGGAGAUAGGAUAUCAGUUUAACAUCUCUUCCUUUCACUGUCGCUGGGUCAAAAUCCUGAAACUCCCUACUGGCAUUGUCUGCUUAUGUGGUUCAAGGCGGCAGCUCACCACCCCUUUCUCAAGGGCAAUUAGGAAUGGGCAUAAAUGCUGGCCCAACCAGCAACGCCAAUGUCUCAGGAGUGAAUUUAAAACAAAAGUAGAACUUCCCAGAAGUGAAACACUCUCUCAGUAUAGUACUGAAGCACCAGUCUGGGUUAUGUCUUUGGUGUGGGAAUUGAUGCCCGUAGCUCUGGCAAUUUGAUUUGAAUGUAUGGACAACCACACACUCAACAAUGCCACUGUUGAACAGUGGGCAAGAAAAUGUGCCAGGUACAUAGUGUGUGAAUACCUUGUAUAGUUGUGUUUAUGCUUAUUUUCUAUAUUAGCUUCUCAAAUUAUUAUUUAAGGGAAGUGAAGUGUAUGUUUAUUCAUUAGAAGUCUAUGUAUAUGCAUAGAAAAUUGUCUGAUUCAGCAGUUCCUACAUAAUUGGUCCUUGUAGGGAAAUGGUUUUAAUCUUUCAUAAUAUAUAAAUUCUUAGUAAACAAAAUUUAUAACUGAACAGCUUUUUAGGUUUUUCAAAUUCUGUUUUGAUUUUCAUCUUUAAAGCAGUAUUUUGUGCAAAACUUGAGGUUUGUUUCAAUGGUCUCCAUUUUUGCUUAAAGCAGUACUUUGAAAACAGACAGCUCCAGCAAGAUCCCAGGAUUUGGGAUCCACUUCAUGGCAAUGGAGACACUAUAAAAUCUCUACCUCAAAUCUGAAUAAAAAUGUAUAUGAAUGAUGUAUAAUAUGGGCAGAGCUGUUCUUUGCCCUGAUGGCCCCUGGAGUCAAAAGCUUUGCUGCCCUUUCCCCUAUUUGGGUUGACAUUUAUCUGAACGAUGAAAGGGCCACUGCUGUCACCAGCAAUUUUAAGCCCCAGCCAAGGAACCACAUGUAGAAUGUGAAACAUUUUAAUUUUAAUGUGUCACCAAGAACCUGCAAAUGUUCUGUGACAUUUAGUGAUGUUCCCCAGCAUUUGAACAGAAUUUUUAAAAAAUACCAGAAGACUUUUUGUGCUUUUAAGCAACCCACUGCUUCAGAAAAUAGCAACUACUAUUUAAAUAUUUUUUAAAAAGCAUUCAGCAGAGAGAAAAGGAGUGGAUUUAAAGGAAAAAAUGCCUUUAAAAAGAUUUAGUAAUUGAGUAGGGCGGGUCUUUAUGCUGUUGGAACACUGAAGACUUUUGGGAGCAGGGUGAUACCAGUCAUAUAGAGUGAUAGAGAUGUACAGCAUGGAAACAGACACUUCGGUCCAACCUGGCAUAGAAACAGACCCUUCAGUCCAAAUCGUCCAUGCCA